AGUGACUGUGUUCCUACCAACGAGACCGCGCCGGGAGUUGCCUGAUUGCGACAGCUGCCAUGGCCACGGAGGGACUCAACGCACUGAAAAUUUCUGAUGACAAGAAGAAGUACAUCAUGGAUAUGCUGCACCCAGUGCUAGAAGAGAUGGUCGCCGAGACGAUUCACAAGAUGCCCAAGGAUCCCGUGCCGUUCAUGCUGGAGUGGUUGGAAAAGAAGAAGGCCAGCGAGGAGGACAAGCUGCUGUCUCCGGAGGAGAAAGAACGCUUGACGAAGGAGAACGAGGAUCUCCUUGUGAAGGUGAACAAGAUCAAGGGCCAGGUCCAAGAAGCCGCGAAGAUGGCCAGCGAGGCGCAGGCUGCCGACGAAGAGGAGGAGGAAGAGGACGAUGAGGAUGAUGAACCACCUCCAGGUUGGGAAGUGGAUCAGUCCAACAAAGCGCGAACCAGUGUGUCAGCUGAAGCUUAUGGUGAAUGGAACGCCAAGAAGGCCUUUGUCCCACCAGUGCUGGUCAAGAAUGAGGAGCAGAAGACCAGAUUGAAGGCCUGCUUGACGAAGUCUUUCCUCUUCUCCGAGCUCGACGCGACUGACUUGAGCAUUGUCAUUGGUGCUAUGCGGGAGGUGACUGCUGCAGCGGAUCAACGUAUCAUCAACCAAGGUGACAAUGGCGAUUUCCUUUUCGUCAUUGAGUCUGGCACUCUUGAUUGCUCCAUCAAGAUGGCCGACAGCUCAGAGAAGGUGGUGAAGAAAUGCGAAGCCGGCGAUGUCUUCGGUGAGUUGGCGCUCCUCUAUAACUGCCCCCGUGCUGCUUCAGUCACUGCCAAGGAGCCUUGCACCCUUUGGCAGCUGGACCGUGAUACCUUCAAUCACAUUGUCAAGGAGGCAGCGGAGAAGAAGCGCGCACGCUACGAUGGCUUCCUCUCCAAGGUGCCUCUGCUUUCCUCCAUGGACGCCUAUGAACGCUCCCAAUUGGCGGAUGCUUUGAAGGUGGAGAAUUUUAAGAAAGACGACAAGAUCAUUACCGAAGGAGAACCUGGAGACAAAUUCUACAUCCUCGAGGAAGGCAGCGCUACGGCCACCAAGGGAGGCACGGAAGUCAUGAGUUAUUCAGCUGGGGAUUACUUCGGUGAACUGGCGUUGAUCAACAACAAGCCACGUGCCGCCACCGUCACGUCCAACGGUGAAGCCAAACUUCUAAGCAUCGACAGCCGCAGCUUCAAACGUUUGAUCAACGUGAACGACCUUAUGACGAAGUCUUCCAAGUACACGAAGUGAGAGCCACGGCCAACACUGUGGAGGGAGACAUCGAAAUGACGUUUUCACCGAAUUCAUGGCAUCUGCUCCGACAUGCAACUGAAGUUGCGUGCCAACAUGCCAACAGAACGGAGGCGGCACGAUGCUUCUCUCCUGCGAAAAAAGAGAAAAAAACACAGACCAUCAAUUGUAGAGGCAGUUU